CUUCGACAUUGACAAUUCAAAAAAAUUUGAUUUAUGACAAAUUUAUUGAAAAUUAUUUUUUGGAGAUAUAAAUAUUUUUUUUGUAGAUGUUUAUUAUAUAUUAUAUCUAAACACAACAAAAUACAACAUGGCUGUUAUUCCCGUCCGUGUCACCUUAUGGAUCAUGCUGUUUACAUGUUGUUGGGUGACGUACAUGCUUCGAGUAGGCAUGAGUAUCACUAUAAUUGGCAUGGUCCCGCCGGUGAGCCGUAACGCUUCUGCAGGAGGGUCUCCAUGUGGAAGUCAAAGCUCCAUGAAGCAUGUGAGCGGCGAUGUAGUUCACUACCCUGGCGAGGCUGACGGUCACCCAUUGGAAGAAGAAGAAAAAAAGUAUGGAAAAGUGUACGACUGGUCUGUGGCUCAACAGGGGCUAAUCUUAGGGACAUAUUUCUGGACUUACCCAAUAUCCUCACUGAUUGGUGGAAUGGCCGCCGAGCGUUAUGGGCCGCGUCUUCUGGUCUUCGUUGUCACGUUGAUCAGUGCCUUCGUGACGGCAUUGUCUCCAAUGGCUGCCGACCUAGGCUACUACACACUAGUUAUUAUUAGACUCAUCUUAGGAUUGGCUGCGGGUUUCAUAUAUCCGUGCCUACACUGUCUGGUCGCUCGAUGGGUACCACAAGCAGAAAAAGGGAAAUUUAUUGCUGCUUUGAUGGGAGGUACUCUUGGUACAGUCGUUACUUGGAGCCUGACGGGUCUCAUAAUGGAAAAUCAUGGGUGGUCGGCAGCUUUCUACGUACCUGCUGCCAUAGCAGCUGCGUGGUGUUUCAUCUGGUGGUAUCUCGUAGCUGAUUCUCCUAAUGAACAUAAAAUGAUAUCCGAAAAGGAAAAGACUUAUAUAUUAACAGCUUUAGGAGACAGAGUCCAGACCAAAUCCAAGUCAAUGCCACCUUUUAAGAAAAUUGCUACAUCACUGCCGUUCUUAGCUAUGACUGUUCUUCACUAUGGAAAUCUUUGGGGCUUGUACUUCAUACUGACAGCCGGACCUAUGUUCGUUAAAAAUGUAUUGGGAUUUCAAUUAUCAGCUGCUGGAGCGCUUUCUGCUCUUCCAUACUUGGCAAGGUUGUUCUUUGCACCGAUAUUUGGAUCGAUCGGAGACUACUUACUGGGGAAACAAAUAUGGUCUACGACCAAGAUAAGAAAGUUCUUCUGCAUCUUCUCACACAUAAUCCCUGGACUAUUGUUAGGGUGCCUGGUUUCUGCUGGAUGCAAUUGGCCUGUAUCUAUAAGCCUGAUUACAUUUUCCAUGGGGAUGAACGGAGCAGCAACGUUGACCAACCUACAAAAUCAUCAAGAUCUGGCACCGAACUAUGCAGGCACUUUAUAUGGAGUUGCUAAUGCUAUCGGUAGUACGGCUGGCUUUUUCACACCUAUGAUUACGGCAUACUUUACAAAGACUGGGAACACUUUUGAUAAUUGGGGUCCAGUUUUCUACGUGGGUGCAGGAGCUUACAUCGGUGCAGCACUGUUUUUCAUUAUUUUCGGAACUGGCAACAUUCAAAAGUGGAAUUAUCGCCAAGAGCCCGAACCCGCUGGUGUACUCUCUUGGAGGCCCUGGGGCAAAACAGAAACACCACCUGCUAGUGGAAAAAGUUCGAAAAAGUAAUUAUUUUGUUACAAUUAACAUAGGUGAUAAACAAGGUUCUGGAUUUGUUUUUACUUUUUUUACAAUAAAAUAAAAAUAAUAAUUAAUUUAAAGAGUUCAAAAAAUCGAAAAACUGCAUAACAUAUUAAUGUCAGUGUUUUAAAUUUUAGAAAGGCAGAGCGUACUUAUAAUAACAUUUGAAAAAUAACCUCUUGUAAAUGUGUCGUCUAACGUUUAAUAUAAUCAAGUAUUAUCUCCUAAAUCAUAUUCUAUCCCUGCACGGAGAGAUCCUUCUGUUUUUAUCGGCGAUAACUGGGAGCAUAAGAAGCAUUUAGGAAGCGCUUCUUAUCGCGAGAUCGCAAAAUGGAAUCAUUUCACGGUUAGAUGAAGCAGUCAGUACGGUACAGUCUGGUAUGGGCUACCGUAGCUCAGGGUUCAUCGCUAAAAAAAAAGGUUUUCGUCUGUUGUUUAGAUUAACUAUUACAAUUCCCACUACAAAACUAAUAAUUACAUCGAAGAUACAACGCACUUUAAUUAAGAGUUGCAUCGCUUCUAGGUAAGUACAAAUACUACUCACAAAAAAUUAAGGAUGUGUUUUCAUGGCUUUUAUUUCCUUCAGUGAUUAUCAACAGGCAGGAUAUCUAAGGAAAACUAUCUUACAGAAAAAUAUGUGUUAUGCUUUAAGUGUCCUGUAGUUUUCAGAGCUGGCCAUGAUUUAUUUAAUGCAUUUAAUUCGCUCUUUCUCUCUCCUACCAAAUAAAAAACUGUUUUGCUCAUCUAAAGAAAGGUGCAUGGGCCUUCGAGCAAAAGGAAAGAAAAGCUGUCUAGCUAAAUAAUAAAACUUUUUUUUUGGCCACGGAUGCACCUACCUUUUUAAACGGGCAUAAUUCUGUUUUUUUUUUUUUUUAUUUCGUUAGUUUUUUUUAGUUACUAACCUUUAAGAUAUUCAUCGAGAGAUCUGAGAACUAGACACUCGAUGAAAAAUUUGCUGUUUUUCUUUUGGAUGCCGCUUGUUGAGAAGCACCAAAAAAGCUGUGAAAAAAUCUCCUUAAAUUUUAAUUUGUGAGUAAGUAACGCAUUCGAGUUUAGGCGGAAAUGUUCCUCCUAAACUCGAAUGCGUUAUAUCGUUGCGUUAUCUUAGUAUAAAGGUUGCUAAUCGAAAACAUGGACAGUUAAUAUAAUAUAAUUUUUAUUUAUACAUUAUUGCGUGCCUUUAAAAAAAUGGAGCCUCUAUCUACUCUCCAUAGGAGUUCAAGUUGAAAUGGCUCGUAAACUUGUAAGGCGAUAAGUCUAUAUUUGGACCAGUUAAGGUUCAAGGUGCAGCUCGCAGGCCGAUAUACGAACUAGCUGCUGCUUCUUAUUACUAUGAUCUUUUCGCACAAAGCCGCAGAACCUGAUGAAGGUAUCUCGCGAAAUAACCGUGAAACCUGCGUCUGCUACGGAGACGACUCUUGCCGAACCUCUCCAAUUGCCUACACCGCUUAAGUCGAUCUCUUCAUGUUGCAAAAUGCUAUAAAAACCUGCAAGAAUAAAUAUAUUUAUUGUUGCUAUUAAAAUUGGUAAUAGGUAAUUUUGAUGAAUUCAUUCAGGUUUAAUUUUAACUAUACUCAAAUCGGAUUUGUAGUUAAAAGCCGAAUGCUUUAAACCCCGUAUUUUUAAGUGCCUUUGUAUUUUCUUUAGUACAUGUAGUCCACGUGAACUUAGGAAUUAUAAACUAGUGUGUGUUUAUAAAUUGUGUAAUAGUGAGCUUGUUUAGUUACCUACUUGGUGAAAUUAUGAUUUGUUCUGUUUUAAUGUGAAUAUAAUAAAAAGUUCCUAGAAUA